AUGAAUACCUAUGCUCACUGCUCACCUCAAUAUGGACGAGACGACUGGAUUUGGGUUGACGAUGAUAGCGCACCAACCACCUACACCAAAUCCCGAAGUUGCAUCAGAGGAAAGGAGAGAGAUGGACUCAACAUCGUCUGGCGUCAGGGAUUUCAGAAAGGCCAAACCUCUGGACCUACGCACCCAGGAAUGGGAGGCUUCGCGUAUGGGAAACGAGACGCGAAAGCUGGAAAGGCUAUCUGUCCCCCAGAUCCGGAUAAUCUCUUUGUUAAAGGCGCCUGUGAUUUGAAUAAUACAGAAUACAAUGCGGACUCUUACGCUCUUGUCGCAGCGGGCGUCUACUUUAGCGAAAAAUAUCCUGAUACUGAUCUGGGAAUCAAGCGCUAUGUGCAUUUCGGAGAUUCAUAUGCCGCUGAAUUGGGGACGCAACCGACCUCUGGCGAUGACUGCCGCGUUGGAAGCAACAAUUACGGCAAUCUGUUGAAUACCUGGCUUCGUGAUACAGAAACAUUUGAUUACGAGAUUCAUGCAUGUUCAGGCGACACGACAGAUGGACUCAACCAUCAAAUUGAUGAGUGGCUUAAAGGGAAUCCUAAAUCCACCACCAUGGGCACUCUCACGAUUGGAGGCAAUGAUGUUGGGUUCAGUGAGCUCGUCAGGAAUUGUUUCCUUAUAAUUUGGUAUUCAAGCAUCGAUUCGUAUAGACAGAGCUGUAUUGACAGCGAGUCGAGGGCAUGGGACUUGAUGCAAACUCCAGGUGAUACAGGAAUUGAAGGAAAAUUGAGCAGCGCCUAUAGGCGCAUCAUGGAUGGCGCGAACUCGAAUUUCCAUCUUUACGUGCCAGGCUACGUUGGGUUCUUCAACCUAGACACCGAAGAUUGUGACCAUACCACUUUCUAUUAUUGGAGUCCUGGCUGGGAUGAGACUCUAACUCCCGACAAACGUAUUUAUUUGACUCGUAAUUUCCGGCGAGAGAUCAUCGACCUAGUCCAGGAGCUGAACAGUCUGGUCUCAGACAUGGUCACUGUCGUGAACAAAGAGCUAGGCUCCGAGAGGAUUCACUACGUUGACAUGCAGCCUCGCUUUGAUGGCCACCGAUGGUGUGAAGCAGGCGAUUUCCAUGAGCCCGAACCAAACGGAAAGAGCUACUUCUUCCUUAUAGAGGUCGAUUCCAUCGUAGGCCAGGGAUCCAUCAAGCUGCAAGAUGCAUCCACGUGUCGUGGCUCUCUAGGUAGCAACCCGGAUCCAUAUGCUGAAGCCAUGUGUGGGGUCGCUCAGGAAGUGUCACAAAAUCCAAACGGACUCGAGGCUCAGCGGUUGAAUCGUGCCAACAAGGCCAUCGCCGACGGGAAUUUCACUGCCCGGGAUAUCUCCUGGUACAUUCCUACACGAUUAAUAAAGACAUUUCACCCUCGCUCGCCGGGUAUGGCUCUUUACCGAGAUGCAGUGAUGGAUAUGAUGACCAGCUCAGGGCAAUUUUCCGGGUGA